AUGGACCCUUCAGGUGCCUUUAGCACAAGAGUGACAUCAGAAAUUCAAUCACAGCAAUCAGGACUAAGAAUGGGAACGCCUUCAAAUGAGUCGGGAGAAAAGGCGAAGCAAGCAAUUAAAGAUCAAAUAUUUCACGCCGCUAUGGAGAAUAAGUGGACAAAAGUUAAGCAUCUGUACAUCAACAACGAGUUCGUCCAUGAAUCCAAACUCACUCGAUCUGAAGAUACGGCUCUUCACUUAGCUAUCUCUUCUUACCAUCCAGAUCGAGACGACUCUAUACAGCAUCCUCAUCUUACUUGUAUCAAGGGUAUGAUUGCUAACAUACCAGAUAAAAAUCGACUACGUAUCUUAAAGCAGAAGAAUGAAAAAGGGAACACACCUCUUCACCUUGCAGCAGAACUCGGGAGUGUCUUGAUUAUUGAGUUUAUGGUAAACUCAAAAGACCCUCUCAUCUGGGAGACCAAUUCAAAAGGGGAAACCCCCUUAUUCGUAGCUGCUUAUCGUGGAAAGCUACAAGCUUUUCUCUACCUACUUAAGUGUUGUCAAAAUGAAAAAGGAGAAGGUCCAAUUGAACUUUGUAGGAGGGAAGAUGGGGAUAACAUUCUACACGCCGCCAUCUCUGGCGAGUACUUCGAGCUGGCUUUUCAGAUAAUACAUUACUAUGGGCGACUUGUCAACCGUUACAACGUAGAAGGCAUGUCUCCUCUACACUUCCUUUCCAGGAUGCCUCAAGUAUUCAAAAGUGGCAGCCAUUUUCGGUUCAUAGAUAGCAUCAUCUACUACUGCAUAAAUAUCGAAGAGCUAGAGCUAAUGACAUAUGAAGCCGAAGACAAAGAAGACUCAUAUCAUAAACUCGAGUGGAAUGUCCCAGAGAACUACCAAACAAUGGUGGAGUUCUUGGAACUACUUAGGAAUGGAACAUUGAAAACUCUAAAUUAUCUUAAGCGAACAUAUUUUUGGAAUCAAGAAGGCAAGUCUAAAGAGACUACUGGAGUAACUAAUGAGAAAAAAGAGAAGAAGUCUCAAGGCCAACAAAGUUAUCGUCAAAAUGACCUCGAGAAUCCCCCAAUUCAAGCUACUAUUGGAGUUACCAACAAGAUUCAAGAUAAUAAGUCUCCAGCUGAAAGGAAGAGAAACCGCAAGUUGUUUCCAGCCAAUUACACCAUCUUUAUCGAGUUCCUCAAAUGUCUAAUGAAGAUUGUACUAAUUGUAUUGGGUAUUGGACUCCAAAGGAUUAAAAAAUUAGAGGAAAGGAAACGGCAACAUACAUGGGGAGUUCAAAUUAUGAAGUUGAUGAUUGAGAAAGAAAAACGUUACGAAUUCUAUGAAAGUACUGGAGAGAAGCCAGAAGUAAAGGACCUCUAUAGACAAAUUGGAGCACCUCCUACAGCACCCCCCGUAACAGUUGAUGAUAUUAAAAAGGAAGACGGCUCUAGUAACAUUACACAGAUCGAGCAAUCACCAACUUCAAGCACAGAUAAGAAAACGAUAGAUGAUCCCAAGUCCGAAACGUCCAAGACCAAGGAGACACCCCUAUUAGUGGCAUCAAAGAUGGGUAUUGUAGAGAUGGUACAGAGGAUCCUCAAAAAGUUCCCAAUAGCCAUUCAAGAUACGGACUCUGACGAGAAGAACAUACUGCUUUUGGCUGUAGAGCAUAGGCAAACAGCCGUCUAUGAUUGGUUAAUAGGAGAAAAGUAUCCAGAGUACGUGUUUUAUCAGGUGGACAAACAUGGAAACAAUGCAGUGCACCUAGCUGCAAUGUAUCAGAAGCUUGAGGUGUGGCGCAUCCCUGGUAGUGCUCUACAGUUGCAAGGUGAAAGGAAGUGGUACAAGUACAUCAAGCACACUCUGCCACCACAAUCAUAUGUUCGUCAUAACAAAAAAGGUCAGACACCAAGACAGAUCUUCGGAGAGACACAUGCAAAGUUACUCAAUGAUGGAACUCAAUGGCUCGUCACAACUGCCAAUUCAUUCUCUGUUGUAGCAGCACUGAUUGCUACAGUUGCAUUUGCUACAUCUGCCACAAUCCCAGGCGGAGCCGAUGAUAAAGGCCAUCCACACUUGGCAAAUCAACCUGCUUUUGACGUGUUUUCUAUAUCAUCACUUGUUUCUCUUUGCUUCUCUGUCACGGCCCUGGUGUUUUUCUUAGCUAUCCUCACAUCUCGAUGCCAACACAAUGAUUUCGAGAAAGACUUGCCAAGAAAGUUGCUCCUUGGAUUAACUUCUCUUUUUGCCUCAAUAACUGCUAUCUUGGUCUCAUUCUGUGCUGCACAUUUCUUUGUCCUCAGGGAUAAAUUCAGGAAUGCGGCAUUUCCAGUAUAUGGGGCAACAUGCAUACCUGUGGUGUUUUUUGCAUUUAAUCAAUUCCCUCUCUAUGUUGAUCUUAUAAGGUCAUACAUCCAAAAGCUACCACUUCGUAGCUAUAAGGUGUUUUAUACCGAUUCCUCAGAAGCAACUAGCUCAGAUCAGAUGAAAGAUGGUAAAGAAAAGGAUGAUUGAAACAGGGAGAAAUAUGACAAGAGCAGAGCAUUGAACGGUUUCCUACUUCAGUUUCCAAAUAAGA